AUGAAAAAGUUACUAGCACUUUUUUUCAUCGGUAUAAUUCAAUUCGACAUAAUAAACCUUGCAGCAACUUCAUCUGAUUAUGUCUGCGGUCAGAGUAUUAGUGCUGCGAAAUUUAGCUCUUCCCUACAGGAUCAUUCUGCUCGAAACACAGCGACGAAUUGUUCUGUAGCAGAAUGCCCGUCAAGUAGUGCUGAUGAUAAUAGUUGUCGCGCUUCAUCAACACCGUGCUUUCAAUAUAGUCUAAACAAUAGCAGUUAUGUUUGUGGACCAGCUGUGGACUGUUCAAUUUUUCAAGCAUGUGACAAUGUUACGCAUCAAUGUGCAUCAAACACAUCUGUUUGCAUCGUUGAUACAUGUUGUUCGACGAGAGCUGUAUGUUUGCCAUUGUAUACAUUGGACUUUUGCAAACCCGGAGAUUGGUCGAGCGUUGGUAAUUUGAUUAUCGCGCGAUACUCUCACACAGCAUCAGUAGUGGAUGAUGGCAAAGUGUUAGUAGCCGGUGGAAUAACUAGUAGCACUUCUUUACAGAGUGUUGAACUAUUUGACCCGCUAACAGAAACGUGGACGCUUAUUAAUUCCAUGAAUAUGCCGAGGCGUUUACAUACAGCAUCGACUUUACCUGAUGGGAGAAUUCUAGUUGCUGGUGGUUUUCAUAGCAAUACUUUGGCUUCAACUGAAAUCUACGAUCCAUUAACGGGAAACUGGACGAGAACAGGAGACAUGAAUUUUCCACGAUAUUCACAUGAGGCAAUCGUAUUAUCCAAUGGAACAGUGUUAGUUGUUGGUGGAACCGACGGGGUUGCAUCGGCUCAUUGUGAAAUGUAUGAUCCGGCAUCAGGAAACUGGACAGUUACAGGAGAUUUGAACAAUCGACGAUACGGCCACACACUGUCAUUAUUGCAGAAUGGAUCAGUGUUAGCUGUAGGUGGAUAUGAUGGUUCAUUUUUAAACAGUGUCGAAUUAUUCGAUCCCAACGUAGAAGUUUGGACGAUGGUACAGAGUUUGAACGUUUCUCGAAGGCUUCAUACCGCAUCCUUGUUAUUGAAUGGUUCAGUGUUAGUGGUAGGCGGAAGAGGUCAAUCUGAUGCUUUGUCUAGUUGUGAAUUAUUUGACAUAGCAAAUGGAACAUGGUCUCUUGUAGGUAGUUUAAAUAACAAACGAUACGGACAUACAGCAACUGUUUUACCUAAUGGAAAAGUAAUGGCGACUGGUGGUGAUGACUAUACAGGUAAUCUAACAAAGACAGAAUUGUAUAAUCCAUCAACUGGCAAUUGGACAAUAAUUAGUAACUCAGAUGCAUCACGAUAUUCUCAUACAGUAUCGGUAUUACGCAGCAGAAAAAUAUUAAUUACUGGCGGACAACUAAAUAGCAGCACAGCACUAUCUACGACACUAUUAUUUUAA